UCCCCCGACCCCCCCGGGGCCCCGCGGCCACCAUGGCCGGGCAGGCGCAGGAGCCGGUGACCUUUGAGGAUGUGAUGGUGUUCCUGAGCCGGGCCGAGUGGGACGCGCUCCCGGAGCGGCGGCGGCAGCUCUACCGGGACGUCGUGUCGGACACCUAUGAGCUCCUGACCUCCCUGGGUUAUCCAGGCCCCAAACCCGACAUCCUGCACCGGCUGGAGCGCGGGGAAGAGCCGUGGAUCUGCCCACCCCCAGGACACGCUGGGAGCUGCCUGGAGGAGCCUUCCUCUGGCUGGUGGCCCAGAGCCAGCGGAUACCAGGGGCUGGAAACCUCAUGUCCAGGAUGGAGCAUGCUGUGGUGUCUCCAGGACAGGGGAUUCCAGAAGUUUGGCUGUCAAGAGGGAAGGAGCAAUCUCCCAUCGGAAGCGGACAGUGGAGUCGGGAGCCAAACUCAGGCAUGGUUUGUGAAGGAGGAGGUGGAGGAUGAACCUGAACUCACGGAAGAGCUAACCCAGAGCGCGAUGUUCCUUCAUUCCCUGAUGGAACAGCAGAGCCUGGAUCUUCGGGAACAGCUGUGGGAUGACCCUGUGGAGGGGAAUCACAGGAACGCCCAAAACCACGGACACACCUUGGGAGAGGCGACACUUCUCCCAGGAACCUGUGAGCUGAGGGUGGAGGACCUGAGAGCAGCGGUGGCGAAGGACCAUAGCUACGCCCUUGGCAGCAAGCCGGGAAUGGCCUACGUGCCCCAGCUCUGCUCCCUGUGGGAACACAACUACUGCUGGCAGCGCAGCACCUGGAGGAGCCAUGGGGCCGGCGCCGCCUGGGCCGUGCGUCGCCGGCUGGCGCGGCGGCGAUCCCGCUGCGGCAGGACGCUCCGGAGAGCCAGGGAGAUCCUGCGUGGCUACCGGCCCUACUGGAGGAGAGGCUGCUCCGGCUGCCGCGGCGCGGCGCGAGGGAGGAACCCCGGGGUUCGUCCUCCGACGGAUGCGGCCGCACCGCGCGAGCUCCAGAGCGCCAGGAAUGCUGAGGGGGUGGCAUUGGAUGCACCGUGUGCCCCGCUGGGGGUUUCAGGAACUGGGGCUUCACCCGCUGCCCUAAACCUGGCUGCAGGGGCGAGGGAGGGAGCAAAGCCUCUGGAGGAUCCUGGUGCCAGCCGGGAGCUUGGAGGGCGCGUGGAACCCCAGAAAUCCCAGGGGAUGUCGCUCCAGGGCGUGUUCCGGGACGUGCUGGGGGCGGUCAGGUACAUAUUGGACUCCAUGUGCCAGAAGUUUGAGCUCCAGGGGUUCUCCCAAGAGAAGAGCAUCUGGCCCAUCGUCAUCCAGAUCGAUAACUUGAGGGAGAUGGGGAAGCCCUGA